AUGGAGCGCUCCGAAGCCUACUUCUUCUCGAUUGCCCUCAGCUGCGCCUUCUUGGGCUCCUGCCUGCUGUUCUCGGUGCUCAACCGCCAGCAGCGCGCGCCCUACAUGGACGAGGCCUUCCACGUACCGCAGGCGCAGGCCUAUUGCGAAGGCCGCUUCCAGCAGUGGGACCCUAUGAUUACUACACUGCCUGGUUUAUAUUUGGUGUCCAUUGGAAUUGUAAAGCCUGCAGCAUGGCUCUUUGGAUGGUCUGGAAGCAUAGUUUGCUCUACUGGGAUGCUCAGAUUCAUUAAUCUCCUUUUCAGUGUUGGGAACUGCUAUUUACUAUAUUUGCUUUUUUGCCGGAUACACCAGAGAAAGGCUACUUCUGGGUUCCAGAGAAUCCUCUCCACUUUGACACUAGCGAUAUUUCCAGUUCUUUAUUUUUUUACUUUCCUUUAUUAUACCGAUCCAGGUUCCACAUUUUUUACUCUCUUUGCCUAUUUAAUGUGCCUUUAUGGUAAUCACAGAACUUCAGCCUUGCUUGGAUUUUGCGGCUUCAUGUUUCGCCAGACCAACAUCAUAUGGACUGUGUUCUGUGGCGGAAGUGUUCUUGCAGAUAAGCUGAGUGAAGCCUGGAAAGCGGAAUCGCUGAAAAAUAAAGAGCAGAAGAACUUGCCCCCGAAGGGAUCAUUUUCAGAACUAAUAAGAGUCUUUUGGUUCCUCCUUGGAUAUGUCACAUCCCUUAAAAACAUAACCACUCUUAUUCUUUUGACUUGGCCGUAUGUUGGCAUGGCUGUGGUCUUCUUUGUUUUCGUUUUCCUCAAUGGUGGGAUAGUUGUGGGUGACCGAAGCAGCCAUGAAGCUUGUCUGCAUUUCACUCAGAUAUUCUACUUCUUCUCUUUUACUGUCUUUUUUUCCUUUCCUCACUUAAUGGCCCCAAGCAAAAUCACCAGUUUUCUUCAUUCUGUGAAGAGAUACUUGUUGCAAUAUACUAUCCUUGCAAUCAUUUCAUUAUUCCUGGUCUGGAAGUUUACGUAUAUUCAUAAAUAUUUGCUUGCAGAUAACAGACAUUAUCCAUUUUACAUAUGGAGAAAACUUUAUCAAAGACAUGAACUCAUGAAGUAUGUGUUAGUUCCAUUCUAUAUAUUUGCUGGCUGGAGUUUUACAGACAUGCUGACAUCAAAGAACAUUUUUUGGAAAAUGGCCUAUUUUGUAUGUUUGCUCAUGGCCAUAGUUCCCCAGAAACUUUUAGAAUUUCGUUACUUCAUUUUGCCGUAUGUUAUCUAUAGGUUGCACAUUCCCAUGCCGUCACUUUUCAAACUUCUUCUUGAGUUGGCUUUUCAUCUCUUGAUAAAUGCUGUGACCUUUCAUUUUUUCCUGAACAAAACAUUUCAGUGGCCAAAUAAUGAGGAACUCCAGAGGUUUAUGUGGUAAUUUUUUACUUGAAAGAAGACCAAAUUUCUGGGACUUUCCUGCCACUGAAAAGAGGCUGCAAGUUGUAGAGACCCUGUCAAGGGAAACAAAACAUGCUGGAUGUUUUAUAACUGGGAGGGUAUGUGUGAAAUUUUAUGUGCUGUGUUUCCUGAUGUUGGACCAAUUUCAUAAGGUUACUAUCUGGGCAUUAAUAAAUGUGACAUCAGGGGAAGUCCAGAUUUCUUUCAGUCAUACCAGUUUUGGUACCAAAGUCCUAACUGGAGGUGGUGUCUUCAGUAUGCUUGUGUGUGUGCCCACCUGGGCUCAAGAGGAGUGGAAAGAGGAAUUGUAGCUUAUCAGGCCAAUAGGAUGGUUUUUGAUAUGGUUUUGUCAUCAUACUGUCACUUCCAUGCAUUGUUUGUUUUGUUUUCUGGGUGAAAACAUUUUGUGUGCAUGACAGAGAUCUGAGGUUUUGUAACUUCUUGGAGAUCUACUGAGAGCUAAAGUUCUCCAGGAUGGCUUGAGUAUCUGAUACCUUUACACGAGGAUGCAUUCAUAAGAAUUGCUGCCCACUGGGAAAAAUUAGAUGAGAUCAGAUGAAUGCAGAAUUGCCUAUUACUGCAUCAGAAUUGACCUGAACAUUGGGCCUCAGGAGAACAAAUGAUACCAGGACUUGGGUGACUUGCUGAAUCUAUUACGAGGUGAAGGGGGGCAUAGGCUAAACCUGAUCCAGAUCCAUAUUCAGUAAUGUAUAUUCAGUUCUUUCAAUCUGAACUUAUAUUUCCAAAAACAUAUGCUAUUAACAAUCAUGUGGUUUAAAAAUAUUUUUUUCUCACUGUGAAUCACAGUCAAAGGAAGCGGAAGAGGAGAAGAAAGCGGUCUUAAACUCCUUCACUGGGACAGUUUGUGUGAAAAUGCCCUUUAUGUGUGAAAGGAAAUAUGUAUUCCCUGUCUCUUUUCCUUACAACCUAGUCUGAGUGUGUGACUGGCCCAGGGACAUAUGACGGGCAUUGUUCCUAGUGGGGAGUGAACAUUGGUCUCUUCAAUCUUAGAUUAACGCCCUUAACUACACCAUAGACAUACUUGAUAGUCAGCAUGAAUCUCCAAAUGCUCUGAAUCUACAGUAAAUACUAGCUUCUCAGGUACUAUGACCUAAAAUACAGGAAUGUUUGUUCUGAUGAAGUAGGGUUCCAGGCAGUAUAAUCACCUCACUUUCCAUAUUGGGCGAAUCAGCUUUAACCCCAUUCCACCAUGUGCACAAGAGACCCCCACCCCCCACCCCAAAAAGACUGAAGAGAGAACUAUUCCUGUCUCUUCCAUUAAUUUUUCUCUAAAUCUGCAUGUCCUAGAAUAAUAAAAUCACCUUAAUGUCUACUAUGUUGUCUGUUUGGAUGAUCCACAGGUUGAGAGCAGGGACUUUAGGUAGAACUUCCAAAGAUCUCAAGGAAAAAUUCAGGUAAGGCAGUGAAGGGGUGUUCCUGUGUGGCAAGUAAAUGUCCUAGAGUAAGAAAAGCGGAGUUGGCAGCCUCUGUGUGUAUGACAAAGAUGAAAGUGCAUUGUUUUGGCUGGCUGAGCAGUGGUCAUUACAGGAGCCAACACAAAAUAAUUUCAAAGAAAUAAAAUUGAGAAAUUCAGGGUUAAUCCAAAAUGAGAAUCUAUAGAUUGGCUUCCCAGAAAGGUGACAAAAACGCUGGCGCGUGGAGGCUCCCCUCAUGUGCGCAGCAGGCUGGUAGGCUAGGAGACAUUCAGGGAAGGUCAGCAAAAAGUACAAAGCUUGCCUGGUGGUUUCAUAAAUUUGCCCUCAGUAUGACUUUCAUUUGCUGAUAAAAUUAUUUUGACAGACUAUGGUGUGGCUUUGCAGUCCUGCGGCAAUGGGUAGACAGGCAUUGGUGGGUAGAUGGUUCCAGAUUUACUCCCUGGCCCCUACAGGAAAGGGUUCUGCUACAGUAUUGUGCUAGCUACUUUGAGAACCUCAUUUCUUACUAGUGAGAGACUUUUCUAAUCGCAUGGGGAGGCUUAGAUGGUGGUACCCUACUCACAAAUCUUGAUAGUGUGCAGUUAACACCUGUGCUGGCUGUCAAGAAUCUAGUUGUGAUCUUUGAUGCCUCCUUAUACAUGGAGGCGCAGGUCAUAAAUAUUACCUACCAGGCUUUCUACCAUCUUGCCUACCUGACUUUCUUCCAGGCACCCUUCCUGUCUCACCUGACCUGGCCAUAGUGAACCAUGCAAUGGUCACCUCUAGGCUACAUUCAGGGCUGCUCUUGGGCCUGCUCUAGAAACUGCAGUUGGUACAAAAUGCCGCUUCACAGGUCCUUACUGGCACCCUGUGGUGGACACAUAUCCCGCCAGUACUAUGCCAGCUGCAUUGGCUCUGGGUGCAGUAUUUAAUGUAAUUGUUUGAAAUAGAAAUACAUUUUAAAAACUAAUUUCAGUUUUAUUGUGGCUCAAGGCCAGCCAGAAACAUUCCUUAAAAUAUAAUUCACAUAACUUGCAUAAAAAGAUGAACCAUGCAUUCAGCAAAGAUAAAAUUAUUGGUUAAACUAUUAUUUUCUAAUUUCCUGGUUUAUGAUGGAUAUUACGUAUGAUAUGACAGCAUACUAUGUAGAACUUUGCUACCUGUCUAGAGGCUAAGGAAUCUUUAUCAGACUGACACUUUUCAAUCAUAUUUUUGGAGAGUCCUGAAGUUAUGUCUAGGAGGGGCCCUAAGAGUUCCGAACAAGUCUCAUUAUACAUCGAGCAUCUGAAGAAUAUGUGUUCUAUGGUUUCCAUCUCUCAAGAUAUGCAAGAACAGACACUCUCUUGGUGGGAGAAUUCUGUCAGAUGAGGCUCGGGCCUUGCAAGACUUGACACAGUUUUGCAGGGCCUGUAAGACAGAGCUGUUAAGCCACCAGGCCUAUGGUUGGGGCAGUGACGGUAUUCCAUCUAAUGGAUCUUCCUCCUCUUCCUUCUGUUAAUUGGUUUUAUUUCCUUUUCUCUGCUACACUGGUAUGAAAUGAUAAAUACAGGGUAAUUUAUCUGUUUUAACCCUGUUGGAGAAGUUAACAUCAUGUUGGAAGAUUUUGAUAUAAAUUGAUAUAGGCUGUAUUGUUACUGUUGAUUACUGAUUUUAUCAUUUUGUUGUUGUUUAAUUUUGGAAGCUGCCCUGAGCCUGCAAGGGGAAUGACAGUCUAUAAACUGAAUAAAUAAAUGAACAACUAA